AUAGAGGGCGCUAAAGCUUUCAGGAUGCAAAAAUGGAUUGCCUUCAUCGUAUAAUGAGCAGUUUGAUAUUACUCUUUUUGGUGUUUUUCCUGUAUUCUCUUGCAAGUGAUGGAUCGGUUUGUACAUACUACAUUGAUGCCAGGUACUCUAAACCAGAAUCAGGGUUGCCAAACUGCUCUUGGUACAACAAGAAUGCCUGUUGCAAAAGAACAGAAGUAGCUGCUGUGCUGGGCAGUAUGUUCAAGGUUGACCAGGCUACCAAUUCUUGCCGUUAUCAUCUUAACUACAUGAUGUGCUAUUUCUGUAGUCCUGAGCAAAUCAACUGGUAUGAUGACACGAGGUUAUACAUUUGCUCUGAAUUUUGUGAAGCUACCUUCGAGGAGUGCAAAACGGCGUAUUACAAAAGCGAACUCAUCGGAGACCAGUAUCGGGAUGGAAAGGCUUUCUGUGAGGCAAACAGCUUCCAUGUAGUACCUGGUAGAGAGCGAUGUUUCAACUACGAUCCGACUGUGUUUGCGAACGCACCACUUUCAGUGGGUUCCAUUGUCUUAACCCUUGGACUAUCAGCUCUUGUUCUCUUUAGUGUGCUGAAGUAGCAGUCUUCUUGCAUUCCCCCAAUGCAAACGGAGUCUGGGGGAUACUUCCUGUGACCAAAUUACAUGUAUGUCUCUAUAUGUGACCAACCACUACCAAACCAAACCAACAAUAAAUGACCCAAAAUGAAUUUCAAUAUUUCUCAUUGUACUUGGGAAAGCACAUCCUAAGCGUUAAAAUAAUAAAUAACUUGAAAAAAAGUUAUCAAAAAUACAUGUUACAUGUACACUCACAAGUACUUGCUUGUAAUAUGCAGAAGAAAUUCAGUAACAGCUUCCAAAAAAGAUAAGGUGAAAACAAGAUUUAGGGGUUCACUCAAGUAUGAAUGUGCAAGCUGUGCAAUCUCAAUGGGACUUCCCAACAUUUGGAAAACAUGGUAUCAAACAGAUUCUUGUCUAUUGUCAUUUAUUCAACUUUACAACUCAGAUUUUGACAAUAUGAAGAAGAAUUACUCUUUCAGGUAAUGUAAUUUUCUAGUUUGUACAUUUUUGAAGGCCAAAUUACUAUUUUAGCUAUCUACAGACAAUCUUCCCUUGUGAGUUAUUGUUGGUUUUGGGUCACACGUCACAUGCUGUAUGGAAAGAGUCAAGGCCAGCCAUGGGGGCCGUUUCAUAACAGACUUACAACUAUCGUAACUUUGCCAUCAUGACACCUACCAUUGUAACAACGCUCAGCGGCCAAUUACAAUCAUGGUAGUUGCCAUAGUGGCAAAGUUACCAUAUUUGUAACUGUUUAUGAAACCUUGCCCAGGCCUUGAUCUUGAUGCAAAUUUUGUAUAAUAUUAAAGGGUGUUGGAGUAACUGUGAAGUAGUAACUACGUGACUAGCCAUAGCCUUGGCAUUGGUCUUGAUGCAACUCAUGUACAAAAUCAGUGGGAGUAACCAUGAUCCAGUGACUACCAUUAUGUGACUUGGGACUCUUAGAUUCCAUCCCUGAACAGACUGAGUACUAUUUUCUGGCCUCAAGAAAUAUAGUUGUAAUUCAUUGAAAUUUGUAAAGCUUUUGAAUGAUUAUUUUUCUCUCUUUUAAUAAUGAUGGUUGACAAGAAAGGAAUUUGUCGUAACAAGGCUGAAUUUAUUUGAUAUUUUGAAAUACUUAAAUAUUGUAAUUUCAAAAUUUAUGAUCGUUUUUAAUUAAGUCUUUAAUAACCUUUUCUUGAUUUUAAUCUGCUUACAUCUGUAGUUUUUGGCACUCAUCAACUAGCAAAUGAAAACGAAUCAGUAUUAUUCUCACUAUCUUUUAAUAUACCAUUUAGUGCAAUAUUCUUUAAGAAAAAAUAUUACAGGUAACGUGUUUAAUUUUGAACCACGUUUGCCUUUGUACCACAAACAUCUUUAUAAUUUAGGAGAUAUGACUUAUUGUUAAAUAAGUGAAUAAGUUUGCUGAAUAUGGAUAGAUGGAUAGAAUAAUUUGACUUGGAUGAUUGGAUUUAUGAAUUUAUGGAUGGUAAAUUAUUAAAAUUUAAUUAUGUAUCAAAAAUCAAAAUGAUUAAUGAUAGGCUUGAGAGGCUGUUAGAUGAAGUUUAUUUCAUAGCUUUGGAAACAUAAAUGUGCAAUGGGAUUAAGGAACUAUCAUUGCAAUAUCUUGGUUUAUCAGGCUGAAUGAUAUUACAGGGUGCAGGGAGUGGUGGGCCCUAGCAAUAAACUUCCAACUUUCUCCAAGGUGGCAGUGUAAAAGUGCCCUAGUUUUUUAGGUUUAGGCUGAAUAGAAAAAUCUGCUUGUAAAUACAUGUAUCAGUACCUUUGAAAGUGAUGUGAAUGUAAAUAUUACUAGUUUCCUAUUUGGGAAUGCAAAGUAGAUGCACCAGGGCUAAAGCUAUUGUAUUUUAUAUUAAUUUUAUUUAUUCCGUUUUUCAUGUAUUUAAGUACGGUUAAAAGAUAAGAUUAACAGCUUUCUAUAUUGGUUCUGCAAAGUAAAGUUUUAAUUAGCUAUAAUUUCGCCUUAUUUUUUCACUUUUCUUUGUAAACUCCUUUUUCUUUGAUUAUUGAAAAGGAAAAUUUAAUAAGAGAUAAAUAAUUUUUAACAUACAUACUAACAGGGGAUAUUAUUUGAGCUCUCUGGAGGCCGAACAGCCUGAAUAUUUAAUAUAACCCAAUAAUACUCAGCCAGUUUAAACAGUACAACGUACUGAAAUAAUUCUACUGUAUUCAGAUUUGGUAUUCACAACAAAAGUUUUUAAAAUUUGCUUGUGUAUAAAUGAGAGAUAUAUGCAGAAUAUACUUAAUGAACCAAAUUGUGUGUAUGGGUGACUAGUGCCACAUUAGUGGAGUGGUGUCUUACAUGUAUCUCACAAUGUAAGCAUUUAAUGGAUUGUUUGUGCAAUAGAUUUUUGCCAUUAGCUACCUUGCAAUUUUGUAAAACAAGACAAAAAUGAUGAAAAAAGAAAGAAAGAUAGAUGUGUUGUAUUGAAGUGUUUGUGAUGCUUAAGAUGUGCAAUAGUUGGAAAUUAGUUCAUAUACAUUAUGAAGUGCAGAUGUACUCUGAAUUGUUUUAGUUUUCAGAAAAAAAUGUAUUUUGUACUUAUUUAUUACUACCUAUUUAUUGAAAUGAUAGAUUAAAUUCUUGUUCUAGAUCACUUUAUAUCAUUGGUGUAUUAUUAUAUUAUUUUAUAAAUGCAUUAACUAUAUAUUACUUUCUGGGAAUAAUUAUUAGAGAAAUUAUGUUUCUCUAGGGACCUACAAUGUACUAAAGAUGGAUACAUUGUUUACAUCAGCCAUCUCAACGUCCCCCUUCUAUGAUCUCCAAAUUAUGUCUUUCUGUUGAAGAACGAGCAAACAUAUUGCAAAUAUUCCUAGUCAAAUUAUUAGCCUUACUGCAUUCCCUUUUAUCAAGCAGUAUUAUUUGUAUUCAAAUAUAUUUUUAAGCAUUUGCAUGAUGUCCUAUUAAACAUGAUUGGUGUGAGU